UGUUGUCCUUUGCUGCUUGCUUGACAUUCGAUUUUCGGUCUUUCCCAUUCAUCGGUUUCACGCAGCAUGCCUUUAAUCUGAGGACUAGCUCGGAAUCUGAACGAUCACAACACACGACUGUAUUUCCGGCCUGGUCACAUUCGGCAGGACGAGUGAUGCAACGUUUAAUACUAAUGAUAAUAUGAGAAUGGUUUUUUUCCUAACCUUUUAUAUGCUUGAAAGCCAGCCAGCAAAGAAUUCCAAUCGCUGCCACUCAUGGCUCAAAUCAUGCACUAUUAAUUUCCUCAAAUUAUUUUAUCAACUUCCACAAAACAAAGUUGAGAGACCAUAUACCCCAGCCCUUACGGUUCAUAUCUCUGUUGGUUUCUGCCGGCAUGCUUACGCAUUUGAAAAAAUUCGCGGCUUUCAUCAAUUCAUGUCUUCUUCCUGCAACCACUGUGAUUUAUGCUUAUGUAACUUAGGAAGCUGCAAUCUCGUUUCCUUAAACGAUGACUUGUCUUAUUCGAACAUACCAGUAGCGGAACUCUUAAUAUAUGAUAUCUGAUCAUGAGCUGCAUUCAAGAGGGAGGGUCCACUGUCCCUUUUGUCGUUGUACAACACCAAAAUAGGAGAAAAGAUUCCCAACAUCUCAGGUGCUGUUUGACUGCACGUA